AUGCGCGGAAGAAGCGGAGCCGUGACCUUUGACCUCAAGCUAAACACAAUGCAGCGAGAAGAAACAGCGUCGGAUUCGAGUCGACUUGAGGUCUACCCUCCAGUCCACCGGCUGGGAGUCGUGGGGAGGUGGGUACGAGCCAGACUACAGACGGAGAUCCUUCGCGGUACUCCGGUGCUGGUCCGUAUCCAGGGUCUCCGGUCUCCGUGGAGAAACGCGGUCAUGCAGGCCAGCAGCUUUCUCGGGGAAGAAGAGUUCUACAUGCUCCUGGUGGCUCUGGUGGUGUGGAUUGUCGACGCCAAGCUCGGGAGGUUGAUGGUACAGCUGAUGGGGAUCUGUUUCUAUGUCACUGGGUUUCUAAAGAACACACUGUGUCUGCCACGCCCCCCGUCGCCCCCGGUAACGCCGCUCCAGCGAUGCCAGGACUGGGGUCUGCCGAGUCACCAUGCCGUUCUGAACACCAACAUUCCCUGGUUCCUAUGGUUCUACCUCGACCAUCACUUCUCCCUCUCCCUCCCGACAAAAAUCUCCGUCUUUGUCGGAAUAGGCCUGUGGUCUGUUAGCGUGAUGUUUAGCAGAAUGUACCUCGGCGUGCAUAGUCCAGCCGACAUUCUGACUGGGGGCGUGGUCGGCUGUAUUCUCCUGGCGGGGUGGCUCCGGGCCUACGAGAGAGUGGAUGAUUACCUCUCCAGUUCUCCCUCUCUCCUCUCUCUCCUCGGGAUCGUCUGUAUCGUCGUUCUGCUGCUUAGCCUACACCCGGAUCCUUACCCCGUCACCAUAGUGUUUGCCGAGACUGUUUGCAUGACGGGUGUUGCCGUGGGUUUUGUUGUUGGACAGGUCCUACUGACUCCGCCCACCGGGGGGCGUGGUCUACUGGAAGAGGCGGGGCAGUAUAGCAGCCUGUUGACUGCCGUUUGGUGUGGUCUUUUGAGAUUCCUUGUUGGGUUGGUUGCCUUGGUGAUGUUGAAAGCAUUAGCCGAAAGAGGAGCAAAGAUUUUACUUCAAGCAGUGGCCCACGUUGCUGGGGUAACAACGGUGUGCAUUAAAAGGAAAUCCGAAGUGAGUAGUGAAAGAGUUCAUUACUCGGCCAAGUUCGUGGCAUUGAAUGAGAGCAAGACUGGAUCGGAAUGGAACCAGAAUAAGCUGACAUGGGUCUGGGACAGGGGACCUAUUAAUCUCGACAUUCCAGUCAAAUUCACUUCCUACACAUGCAUGGGAGUGGUUGCCGUGGCAAUAUGCCCCGCCUUGUUUUCAUUAAUCAACAUUUAGUGUGUGAACAAAAAAAUCAAUUAUAAUUCUGCUUGUACAACUGGCAAAUGAAUGACCUAAUGCAUAAUUUAAAAACACACAAUAUAAUUAUUAUCAUAACGGGGGGCCUGGACUAUGGGAGCGAGGGGAUGUCUAUGUCUGGUAUGGUGUCACGUAGUUUGCUGGGAACAUUCCCGUCGUGCCGUCCAGGAGCUGUCCACACCACCACACAUCAUCUUCCUUGGUGAUGAUGGUCACUAUGGCGCCUUCUUCUAUACUCAUCUCCUGGGAGCCUUGGGCCUCAUAUGAGUACAGCGCCACCACCUUGAGUAGUGAGGGGUGGGGUGGGGGGGAUGGAAUUUGAUCAACCAAA